GAAAAUAUGAUAAAAAAUAGCCCACAAGAUUGGCCCGAACCAAUAGUCCGUGUUCAAUCCUUGUCCGAAACCUGCAAAGAUUCAAUCCCUGAAAGGUAUAUCAAGCCUCCUAUUGACCGUCCAUUAAUCAUAAGCUCUGAUGCUGAUGCCAACAUCCCAAUCAUUGAACUUGGGGCUCUAUAUGGUGAUGACCCAGAUGCCCGAGCCUCAACACUUGAGCAAAUCUCUGAGGCUUGCAAUGAGUGGGGUUUCUUCCAAGUCGUAAAUCAUGGGAUUAGCCCUGAAUUGAUGGACAUGGCUAGGGAAACUUGGCGUCAGUUCUUUCACUUGCCCAUGGAGGUGAAACAGAAAUAUGCAAACUCGCCAAAAACAUAUGAAGGGUAUGGUAGCAGGCUUGGAAUUGAGAAGGGUGCUAUUCUUGAUUGGAGUGACUACUAUUAUCUUCAUCACCUUCCCUUGUCAUUGAAGGACUACAACAAAUGGCCCUCUCUGCCUCCCUCUUGCAGGGAAGUGUUUGAUGAGUAUGGGAGAGAGUUGGUGAAGUUAUGUGGGAGGUUGAUGAAGGUUAUGUCCAUAAACCUAGGAUUGGAAGAGGAUUAUCUUCAGAAUGCUUUUGGAGGUGAAGACAUUGGUGCAUGCCUAAGGGUGAAUUUUUACCCAAAAUGUCCAAAGCCAGAGUUGACUCUGGGUCUAUCAUCGCAUUCAGAUCCAGGAGGCAUGACACUCUUGCUUCCAGAUGACCAAGUCCACGGUCUUCAAGUUCGCAGAGGUGACAAUUGGAUUACGGUGAAGCCUGCUCCCCAUGCCUUUGUUGUCAAUAUUGGUGACCAAAUACAGGUACUAAGCAAUGCAAUCUACAAGAGUGUAGAGCACAGAGUGAUAGUAAAUCCAAAUAAAGAGAGAGUUUCCCUAGCGUUCUUCUACAACCCCAAAAGUGACAUACCAAUAGAGCCUGCAAAAGAGCUGGUAGAGCCUGAUAGACCUGCACUCUACACUGCCAUGACCUUCGAUGAAUACAGGCUCUUCGUUAGAUUGAGAGGACCACGUGGAAAAUAUCAAGUAGAAUCUUUAAAAACUCCAAAAUGA